ACUCCGCCAUCUUUAUAUUCUCGUCUGAAAAAUGUUCAAAACCCUAGCUAGGGUUUAAGCGCACCUGACCGUUUCCAAUCCAAAACCCCAAAAUCUAUAAAUUCGCUCUGCUUUUCAGUUCCCAUGGAUUUUCACUCGCCUAUUUUCCCCACCCAAUUCCUUCUUUCGUACGCUCGCAGAUGGUAGGGCUCAUCCCUCAGCUAACACUCGAAGACCUCGAACGAGCUUCAAAGCCCAAGAAUUUAAAGGACCCGCCCGACCCCGUUGAUCCCCGAGACUUGUCGGUUGCAGAUUCGUUCUUGGAUUUUGAUUCCAUAGAGGAUUGGUUCAAGAAUAUUCCGAGUUCUGAUAUGGCCGAAACAGGGCAGGUUAAGGCUGAUGCUGUUGAAGCAGAGUAUAUUGCAGGUGGGUUCGAGCCGGCAGGUGGUGGGUCUGUGCCGAUUGAUUGUGGGUCUGGUUGUGUGGUGAAGUUGGAGGGUCAACUGUUGGAGAAUUCGGGUUGUUCGAUUGCGGAAGAGUUGGGAAAGGUUAAUUUGCUUGGAGGGUGUGAAGAAAGUUCGGUUCUUGAUGGUCGGAAUGGUGUGAAGAGUGAAACAGUGACGCGUGAUAUCGUGGAAAUGGAACCGGUGAGUAAUGAGAAUGAGAGUGAGGUUUCAAAGUCGAAGUUCGAAGGCGAAAAUGGGGUGGGGAGUGAAAUGGUGAGUGGGAAUGGUGGGAAGAGUGGAGCAGGGAAUAGUGAGUCCGAGAGUGAAAGCUCGGAGUCUGAGAGUGAGAGUUCGGAGUCAUCAUCGUCGAGUGGGAGCUCUAGUGAUGAUGACAGCAGUGAUGAUGAUGAAAAGGAAAACAGGAAAGGGAAAAUGAAUGUGGAGGUGGAGGAGAGGGACGAGGGUGGUGAAAUGGAAGAAGGUGAGAUAAGGGAUGCUGAUGGAAGGGAGAAGGAAGAUACGACAUUCGAUAAAGAUAAUGAAAUUUUUGAUGAUGAAGGUGAAGAUGAAGAUGAAUUGGUUGCUUGGACCGAUGCUGAAACUUUUGAUGAGGGAGACGGCGAUGAGGAUGAUCUUGGAGAUCUGAAAGGACCCAUUAGGUCCAAGAAUGAGCUUGAGGUGCUUCCCCCAAUUCCUCCAGUGGAGGUGACCUUGCAACCACAUCAUCAGAUGCAACCUGUGGGAGCUGUCUUAUCGGUUCUUGGUACCCAAGUCAUUGUAGAAGGGGUCGAGAAGCACAACCCUCUAAACGAGGGUUCAAUUUUGUGGAUAACCGAAAGCAGAUCUCCGUUGGGGUUGAUAGAUGAAAUCUUUGGACCUGUGAUACAGCCUUAUUAUGUGGUGCGAUACAAUUCAGAAAGUGAAAUCCCUAGUGGAAUACAAGCGGGCAUUUUUAUCUCUUUUGUUCCGGAGUUUGCAGAUCAUGUGCUGAAUAACAAGGAUGUGUACAAAAAGGGUUAUGAUGCAUCUGGUGCAAAUGAUGAAGAGAUAUUUGAUGAGGCAGAAUUUUCAGAUGAUGAGAAAGAGGCUGAAUACAGGAGGAUGCAAAAAAUGUCAAAGAGGGGAAUGAGUGACCAAAAUGCUGGCAACAAGAAAUACGACAGAAAGAAGGGUAAAAAUAAGCCGGAACCUUGGAAUAGUGGUCAACCUUCACCCCAGAAAGCACCAACGGAUGCAGGUCAGCAACCUCCCAAUCAACACCAUCUUCAUUUCUCUCCAGGUGCACCAUCUUCUUCUGCAGUAUCACAAGGAUUGGCUAGUGGGACUGGAUUAGUUCCACCAUUUCCAGCUCCUACACUGCCUGCUGGUAUCAACGCAACUUCAAAUGGACUGUGGACAAAGGGAACGCCGUUUCAACCACAAAAUACAUCCUUCCCUAAUGGAUUUCUAAAUAAUAGUUUGCCAUGUCUUCCACAGUAUAAUCCUCAAUAUCCGUAUCAAAUGUCUAUUCCAAACAGAAUGCCGUUGUAUCAGCAGGCAGGUGCUGUCCUACCAGGUCAACAGUCGAAUGUCUUUACAGGACCCGUAUAUUCACAAGGGAUGGUGGGUCAACACGGCUUCAAUCAGGAAGCAUUUGGGAUAGGUUUACAGGGCCAACCCAUUCCAGGCCAACAAUUCAAUGCCUUUGCAGGACCCAUGUAUCCACAGGGGCUGGUGGGUCAACUUGGUUUCAACCAAAACGCAUUCGGGAUGGGUUUACAGGGCCAACCUACUCACCCGAUGUUCAAUGCAGAACAAGGAAUGCCGUCGAAUGGAUUACGUGCUGAACAGAACCAUAAUAUGCCACAACCUGCUGGAAAUGCAGGCAACUUGGACAGCCGGCAAUUUAGUCAGGGCGCAUCUUCUAAUCGUGGAAGGAGACCCUCCCAUCGUGGGGGUCGUCAUUUUGGAAGGGGAAGAGGUAGGCAGCACUCGAGGUGAAAGUUACGGCAUGCUCUGCUGCACCAAGCACACUGCAGUUACAAAUAGGCUUUGAAAAGAAAAUUUCUUGGCUUUUUGUAUUCGGUUUUUAUCGUUUUUAUAUGGAAGAACAGAUGGUGAACAUGUUCCCCAUUUAAAAUGCCACAUCCGCCUUGGUUGCGGUUAAUUUUGAACAUUGGCAAAUUUUGGUUUAGUAAAAACGUAGAAAAUUUUCGGUUAA